CGCGAUCCUCGUGCUUCUCCUCGCCCCAAUUCCUCGCCAUCUUCGUCGUCUUCUUCUUCCACUUCUCUCCCCUUCUCCCAAAUCCUAACACUAACCCUAACCCUAGCCUUUUGCUCCAACAAUGGGUUUCUAGGGUUUGGGGAGGUUCCGCAAGUAGAAUGCAGUCGCCUCGUCUCCGUAAGCUGUAAUGUAGCCGAUACUUCGAUUUUUCCGAUUUGGGGAGUUGCAUUGUGGGUUUCUAGGGUUUUGGAUCUCCAUUUGGGGUUCUUCUUGGGUUUUCGGAUCUCUUUAGCUUCAUCUUGGUUUGUGCAUAAGCUCUUACAGCUCGAUUUCUAGGGUUUCGUAUCUCCAUUUGGGAUCUCCCUAGGGUUUCUCGCAUCACUUCUUUGUUUGAUGAGCCGUGGCUUGGACUUCGCCGCGGAUCUCGAAGUUUCCAGCGAUCUCUUCCUCCUCUUCUUUCUCUUCGCCCUCCUACUCCUUUUAUCCUACCUCCUCUCUCUCUUCCUCUUCGUUCUCCUCCUUAUCCUUUCCCUUUCCCGUUUCUAAAAAGAAAAGCUAUAACCUUUUUAAGAGAAAGAGAAAAAAGGUGAGAUUUUUUUUUUUUGGAUUGAGCUUGAUCCACAAGCUUAGUAUGGAUUUCUUCAAGAUAAGGAGGUUUCGGAGAAUCCGAAAGCAGGGAAAGUACGCAGACGAAGAAGCAGAAGACCCAAAUGCUGGAAACCCUAAUUCGACCGCCGAUGCAUCGAGCGAUGCGAUCUCAGAUCCGAUUUCAAAACCAGCUGAUCCUUCGGACCCUGCUAUCGAAGCUGAAGAUGACGACGACGACGACUUCAUCACGAAUGAGGUGAAGCGGAGGUUGAAGGAAUUGCGGAAGAACAGUUUCAUGGUGCUGAUUCCUGAAGAAGAAGGGUACCAGGAAGAAGAAGAAGAAGAGGAGGAGGAGGAAGAAGAGAGUAGUUCUAGCGAGUGGAGGGAAUCGGAAGUGGUGGACGGGUAUCCGUGGUGCGGAUUUGAUACGUUGUAUGAUAAAUAUUGUGAGCGGAUGCUGUUCUUUGAUAAAAUGAGCUCCCAGAUUUUGGAAGAAGCAGGAUCAAUGGACAUUAGUAAAAAGUCACCAAGAUCGUCAUCUAAGAAGCUGGCGUUGACCCUCCGCAACCUCUCUUUAAAGAAGAGAGAUGGGCUUCAAGAGGACUACGAGCAAUUACAGCAACAGCAGAAUGAGUAUGACCCAUAUCAGACGCUUGAGGUUGCAUAUGUCGCACAAGUCGCUUUAAGCUGGGAGGCUCUCCAUUGCCAGUAUGUGCAGCUGAGUCUGAGGAUCUCGUCACAGCCUGAGAAUCCGACCUCAUAUAGCCAUGCUGCUCAAUUGUUUCAGCAGUUUCAAGUGCUUUUGCAGAGGUUUAUUGAAAAUGAGCCCUUCGAAGAGGGUUCAAGGGUCAAGAUUUAUGCCCGGACGAGGAGUUCUUUCUCCAAGUUACUUCAGGUUCCUACUUUUCAAGGUUCGGAUCAAAAUGGAAAUGCAGAGGACAACAUGGAACAGGCAAUUUUAGCCCCUGAUCUCAUAAAAGUAAUGGAGGAGUCGAUCCUAACCUUCCGUCUUUUCAUAAAGAAGGACAAGAAAAAAUCAGAUUCCUUUUAUGGGGCCCAUAGCCAUGCAGGAAGCUCCCUUCAACAGGUUCAAGCUUCUCUUGAUAAGAAGGAGAUGAAGGUGAAAGAGCUGUUCAAAAAGAAGAAAGGAUACAAGAAAAAGACCUGGCCGGCAACGUGGGAGGAGGUGGAACUCCUCUUUGCUCUCGUGGACAUAAAAGUCAUUUCUAGGGUUUUGAGGCUGGCGAGGCUUAGUAAAGAGCAGCUGUUAUGGUGCGAGGAGAAGAUGAGCAAGCUCGAUCUCUCCGAUAACAGGCUCCGAAGGGAUGGUUCUCCGAUCCUUUUCCCUUGUUGAUGGUAUCUAUUUCCUCGAGCCUUUUUAUGCCCGAUUUCCUGCUGUAGGAUUUACUACUAGUAUUUUUAUCGAUUAGGAAUUUGGCUGCCUUAUUAUAUGUAAAUGGUAAGCAGAAGAAACCAGAAACAUAUCUAAUGCAGUACCCUAGCAAAGCCAAUGUUCUUAGAAGGGGAAACUUGUUAAAUUGCCUCAUAUUUUAUCCUCAUCAUUGUCACCAAUUGUGUUGGCUGGAAAUGGGUAUCUGAUUAACUUCAUUAUCUGUUAAAGUAAUGAACUUCAGAGUUAGAUUA